CAUUUCCCAGGCCUAAUCUCUUUCACAUAUUGUCCCUCUCGCAUUUUCUUCUCUUCAUCCAAACACGCUGAACCCAAUUUUAAUCCCCAAAUUCUAGGUUUUCUCUCCAUUAAAGAUCAUAACUUUAUCCCAUCAUUCGACAGAUUUCUAGUUUCCCUAUAUUGGGUUGUUUUUACUUUUUGAAAAUCUUAUUUAGAAGCCCUAUUUUGUUGGCGUUUUUUCUUAAACCACCAUUAAAUGCAAAAAAGAUGCCUAAUUCCAAUGGGCAAGCAGCAGCAGCAGUGCCAGUACCAAUGAAUCAUAUAGAAGCCCAAUUGGUAGAUGAGGAGGAUGGGGAUAACAAUAAUAUUGCUGGUGGAGGAGAGGAGUCAAUAGAUAACACCAACAGCAUUCAAUUUGAAGAUGGUGGUUGUAGUGGUGUUGUUGGGGAGGCUGUAGCAGCAAGUGAUAUGUAUGUUGGUGCUAAUGGUGGUGGUGGGGCUGAUUAUGGUUUAGUGACUGCAAACAAUGACCAACUCACUCUGUCUUUUCAGGGUGAAGUUUAUGUUUUUGAUGCUGUCGCUCCUGACAAGGUGCAGGCAGUGUUGUUGCUUUUGGGUGGCUAUGAAAUCCCUUCUGGCAUUCCCGCCAUGGGGACUGCCCCUAUUAACCAAAGGACGCCCAAUCAUGGCAUCUAUGACUUGUCUGGAACUGGAAGGUCAAUUCAACCUCACAGAGCUGCUUCAUUAAGCCGGUUCAGGGAGAAGAGAAAAGAGCGGUGCUUUGACAAGAAAAUUCGUUACACUGUGCGGAAGGAAGUUGCUCUCAGGAUGCAGCGUAAGAAGGGUCAGUUUACUUCAUCCAAGGCUAAUUCUGAUGAAGGGGGCUUGGCUUCAUCUGGCUGCAGUGGAAUGCAGGGUUCUGGACAAGAUGAGAGCAUGCUGGAAACUUUAUGUACUCAUUGCGGAAUCAGCUCAAAGUCCACUCCAAUGAUGCGUCGUGGUCCAAGUGGUCCAAGAACUCUUUGUAAUGCAUGUGGACUCAAGUGGGCCAACAAGGGUGUUUUAAGAAACAUUUCAAAGCUUCCAAUCAUGAGUAUUCAGCAAUCUUCUAUGAAGACAGCUGCACAGGUUAAUGGUGAAGCUAACAAUUCUGAUGCCAUAACUGCGGCUGCAGACAUAGUCUCGCCUAAUGGUGAUAACUCCACUUUGGCUACUGAAACAUGAGAUAUUUGUUUCUCUUGAAGCGAUUGGCAUUUUCUGUUAGAAAACAGAUGCCAAACAGCCCAAUAACUUGUGAAAUAACAUUCACCUACGCUCAGACCAAUUGUACAAAUGAUUCAGCACCUUUGUCAUAUGUACAGAUUGUUUUUUAACGUGCUAUAGUUGUAACCUGCAAGUUUGUAGGCAACCCCAAAUAAAUUGGAAUGGAGGCAUUAAUUGAGUUGA